GGCUGAGGUCUCGGGGGCGGGAUGAAGCCUCUCAGUCAUUCUGCUUGUUUGGCUAGCUAGACCUACCUUUACAGACUACCAUUGACGUUACACUGUUUACUUUGCACUAUCUUUCCGCAGGACAAUUAAAUAAUAAUAAUCAUAGCAUUUAGAGAAGAGUAGAGUGAAAUGAGAGCUGUUCUGAUAUUCCUCUACAUCUCUACUUCAGUCCCUGGUAUCAGAGGCACACUCUCAAAAACAGAUGCCAAAAAACUCAGCAAAGUGCCGGAAGCUGAGACAGCUAUAGCGGAGCAGCCGGUGCAGGAGCGGGGUUUGGUAGUGACAACUCUUCAGUGGAGGGAUGUAGUGAAAGAAGAGAGAAGAUUUUGCCCUCACGCCAUAUCAACACGCCACUUUCAGGGAGCAGUGCUGGGUUACGUCACACCGUGGAACUCUCAUGGAUAUGACAUUGCGAAGGUUUUCGGGCCUAAGCUGACCUCUGUGUCUCCAGUAUGGCUCCAGAUCAGACGCAAAGGACCAGAAAGCUUUCAUAUCACCGGCCUGCAUGACAAUGACCAGGGUUGGGUCAAGGCUGUGAAGAAAGCAAACAAAAAAUCUAAAAUAUUACCUCGGCUAUUAUUUGAUGGCUGGUCUUAUCAGGACUACAUGAGCGUCCUGGACAGUGAGGAUGAGAUUGAGGAGAUUGGUCGAGAAAUUGUUCAGGUGGCAAAGGCUGAAGGAUUUGAUGGCUAUACUCUGGAACUGUGGAGUCAGCUGGGAGGAAACAAGAGAACGGAGCUGGUCCACUUGGUUACACACCUGUGCAAGUACCUGAAGGCUGGGAAGUUUUCCUGCAUUCUUGUCAUCCCUCCUUCUGUCAUUCCUGGGACAAACCAACCUGGCAUGUUUGGAAGGGAAGACUUUGAAAAACUGGCUCCUGUCGUUGAUGCCUUCAGUUUGAUGACUUAUGACUAUUCCAGUCCGGGCAGACCAGGCCCUAGUUCUCCGCUGCCCUGGAUGCGAGAUUGUGUGCUGCAGCUUGCACCACAGAGCCAGUGGAGAUACAAGAUCCUACUGGGCCUAAACCUGUACGGCCUCGACUUCACUGCCAAUGGGGGAGGUGAGCCCCUGCUGGGGGGCAGGUACAUCGAAAUUCUGAAGGAAGUCAAACCAAAGCUUGUUUGGGAUGAGUAUGCAGGAGAACACUAUUUUAAUUACAAAAGAAGUUCGGUGAAGCAUGCAGUCUAUUAUCCAACUCUGAAGUCUCUCCAACUACGAGUUGAACUGGCAACAGAACUGGGUACAGGAAUCUCUCUGUGGGAACUUGGACAAGGCUUGGACUAUUUCUAUGACCUUUUGUGAAUUGGAUUGAGACUAACAAACACAUGUGGACACACACACAGGCAAUGUGAUUCCUUCUUCCAAACAUUGAUGGGUUACGGUACAUUGUUAUUUAUGACAAUGCCAGUGCUGAGCAUGCCAAUAAAAUUAUUUUUAUCAAUAAAAAUAAAAAGGAAAAAAGCCAGUGCACUUUUGAUUCAUUUUAUGAAAUAUUUCAAUCUUAGUUUCUAUAAAAAAUAAGUGACAAUACAUGCUUUAUUAGCAUUCUUUAUUUGUAUGGAUAUUAUAUGUGCAAUACUGUAAUUGGUACAAUUUCAGCGAUCACAGCUUUGUGACUAUUUCAACUAAAGGCAGGAUAUAAUCACAGAGAUACAGGUUUUGGGCUCAAAACAUUAGAUAUAUAGAGUAGUCUUCAAGUAGAUGAAGUAGUCUUCAUCUACUCACAUCAACACUAUCAGUGACAUUCACAGAAACGUGUCGAGCUUUGAUGGAAGAGACGCUCACGUUAGUCUUCUCUAUGCACCAACACUUCUUUUUACCACAUGGCACUAUCCAUGCCAACACUGAUGUUAUUUAUACUUUAGCCAAUGUUUUACAGGAUGAUCACAUGACGUCCUGAGAGAACUGUGAAACUAAAUGUAUACUGUAUGUAUCUACAUGUGAUAGUGGUGAAUUAGCACAAUAUUUAAACAAAAUAUUGGUUCAACAAUAAAUUGUACUGUAAUUUAUACUGCUUCAUACGGACACCAGG